CCCACGUUGCCACUAGGGGCGGCCGCGGUCCCCGCAGCGCCUGUAGCCGCGAAGCUGAGUGGUCCGGGUUUCCAGCCGAACCUAUUUUCCAGCUGGGCCGCAACAUGGCUGCGCACAGGGCUGCGAGUCGGGAAGUCGCCGCGUUCUCGUUUUCCCGACAGCCCCCGAGUUCUGUGUGCUCCUUGCCUUCCCCAGGUCACUCCAGCAGACAUGUUUGGCAAGGCCUUUCGGGUCAAGUCCAACACGGCCAUCAAGGGGUCGGACAGGAGAAAGCUUCGGGCUGAUGUGGCGGCUGCUUUCCCCACUCUUGGAACAGAUCAGGUCUCUGCCUUAGUACCUGGAAAAGAAGAGCUCAACAUUGUAAAGUUAUAUGCUCACAGGGGGGAUGCAGUGACUGUGUAUGUGUGUGGUGGUAACCCCAUCCUGUUUGAACUGGAGAAAAAUCUAUAUCCAACAGUGUACACCUUGUGGUCCUAUCCUGACCUCCUCCCAACGUUCACAACAUGGCCUGUGGUGCUCGAAAAACUGGUGGGGGGAGCAGAUUUGAUGCUGCCCGGCCUCGUGGUGCCCCCUGCUGGUCUGCCUCAGGUACAGAAGGGUGACCUCUGUGCCAUCGCCCUGGUGGGGAACAGAGCCCCUGUCGCCAUCGGAGUCGCUGCCAUGUCCACAGCUGAGAUGCUGACCUCGGGCCUGAAGGGAAGGGGCUUCUCCGUGCUGCACACCUACCAGGACCACUUGUGGCGAUCUGGAGACAAGUCUUCUCCACCUUCUUUGGCUCCACCGGCCCUGGAUGCCCCAGAUGUCGAUGAAGAGAAGGGGUCUGUCCAGGCAGACCCCGCCCUGCAGGGAGACAUGAGGCGCCUGACCCUGGAGGGAGAGGACAAGGAGAAUGGGGAGGUUCAGCAGCAGAUGUGUGGGGAGAAGUCCCUAUCAGAAGCCACAGAAGACGCCGGUGUCAGGGGCCUGAACCCAGACCCCACAGACAGCAAGACCCUUCAAGAGCAAAUGGAUGAACUGUUACAGCGAUGCUUCCUACACGCCUUAAAGUGCCAAGUCAAAAAAGCUGACCUUCCUCUACUCACCAGCACAUUCCUUGGCAGCCACAUGUUCUCCUGCUGCCCUGAAGGACGACAGCUGGACAUAAAGAAAUCAAGCUACAAAAAGCUCUCUAAGUUCCUGCAGCACAUGCAGCAGGAGCAGAUGAUACAGGUGGAGGAGCUGAGCAGAGGGGUGGAGAGCAUUGUGGCUGUGGACUGGAGGCACCCGAGGAUCACAUCUUUCGUCAUACCCGAGCCCUCCCCGACCUCCCAGACUAUCCAGGAGGGUAGCAGGGAACAGCCCUAUCACCCUCCAGAUAUAAAACCCCUCUACUGUGUCCCAGCCAGCAUGACCCUGCUCUUCCAGGAGUCUGGCCACAAGAAGGGGAGCGUUCUCGAGGGUAGGGAGGUCCGGACAAUCAUCGUCAACUAUGCCAAGAAGAACGACCUGGUCGAUGCGAACAACAAAAACCUCGUGAAAUUAGAUCCCAUUCUAUGUGACUGCAUCUUAGAGAAGAACGAACAGCAUACAGUCGUGAAGCUUCCAUGGGACAGUCUCCUGACCAGGUGUUUGGAAAGAUUACAGCCUGCCUAUCAAGUGACCUUUCCAGGACAAGAGCCCAUUGUGAAGAAAGGCAAAAUCUGCCCAAUUAACAUCACCCUAGCGCAGAGAGCGUCUAACAAAAAGGUGACGGUGGUCCGGAACUUGGAGGCCUAUGGUCUGGACCCGUGCUCGGUGGCUGCCGUCCUCCAGCAGCGGUGCCAGGCUAGCACGACGGUCACUCCCGCCCCCGGGGCCAAGGACAGCCUGCAGGUCCAGGUCCAGGGAAACCAGAUCCAUCACCUCAGCCGGCUGUUGCUUGAAGACUAUCAGCUUCCUCGAAAAUACAUCCAAGGCCUAGAAAAGGCUCCCAAACCCAGCAAGAAGAAGUAACAGACUCCUGUUUCAUGUGGUCGAUCCAGUGGAGAUCCGAGCUCUGGGCUGGUCAUUUAUAUGAGCAUUUUCAGCUUUUGCAAAUGAAAAAAUAUAAUUCUUUACCAAAAUAAAUUUUUAUUCUAAUCUAAA